GCCGACGGCGCGGCACGGGCGCCGCGCCCGGCCGCCGGGCCGCCAUGGCGGCCGCGCUGGCGGUGAAGGUGCGCAUGGCCUUCGAAGAGCUGUCGCUGAGCGGUGACGGACUGGUGCCCUGGAGUCGUUUGGAGGAGCUCUUCUUAAAGUUGGAGGUAAAGCCCAAGGCUAUCCAACUGUGUCGGCAUUUGGUCGACGCUGAAGGGCUUGUGGACAGCGCAGAGCUGUUCCGGUGGCUCUACGACGGAGAGGAUGUGAGCCCUUACCAUGAGGGCCGUCGUCUCCAUGAACGGGUGCCGCCCUGUCGCUGGUGCAUCAGCCGCUGCGACUUCCAGGACUUUGUGGCUGAGGUCGUGGAGACCCACCGCGCGGGCAGGAUCCUGAACCAGCCGAACCCACGCACCAAGGAGCCCAACCCUUUCCAUGAUGACGAGCAUGUGGGGCCCAACAUGCACGCCGUGAACGAAGCAGUGAUCCGACCCAGGACCGCCCGUGCCGGUGGCAUGUCAUGGGCGUUGAUGUUGAGCCCCGAAGGCCUCUCCGGAGAGUUCUUCUUCGUCACUCACUCCUGGAAGGAAGGCGUCUACGAGUUCAGCCGCAAGGUCUUGAACCAUUGGCAAGAUGAAGCGCUCUCCAUGUGGUGCUGCUUUUUGGCCAAUCCACAAACCUGGCAGCGCGAGGACCUAAAUCAGCUGUUGGGUCAAUCCUUCGACCUCAUGGACUCUCCGUUUAUGCAGGCACUGUCCUCCCAGCAGUUGCACUCCUUCGUGGUGGUGCCCAACGUCACCGAGAGCCUCUACUGCCGCCUUUGGUGCGUGGCUGAGCUGUGGAAGGCGAUGGAGGUCCAGAAGCUGCGGGGAGAUGGUCGGAUGAUCCAAGUGGCCAAGGACAAUGUGAAGGAUUCUCACAAGGUCCGUCCCACUGAGAUCGCCACGCUGAUCCACGGAGCCACGUGCUCCGAUGUCAACGAUGAGAAACGGAUUCGAGCCUACAUCGCGGGCAAGGAACAACACAUCCAGGAGAUGAUCAAAGACUUGGCCGGGAUGAAGAAGUCCAAAAAGACCCACCACAGUCUCUCGCACGAGCAGGAGCGCCGCAAGACGGAAGAGGAGCUACGCUACCGUGAGAAGGAGCGCGGUCGAAAGGAGCACCAAGAACGCCAUGCCACAAGUGAGGUUGUUGUAUGUCCUCAUCCUCAGAUGGAAGAGCGGAUUGUGCAGAGCUUGGGCGGAGAGGACCUGAUCAUAGAGGAGGACCAACAAAGAGAGGUCGUGGUGGAGCGCCACGCGCGCCACCCGCGCCGCAGCGCCGCGCCCCGCGCGCCGAGCACGAGCGACGUCCACGAGGAGCGGCGGCAGCAAGUCCUAGAGGAUCGAAUUCGACAAGUCCGAGCACAGGUGGAGCAACAACGCUUGGAGGAGACCCGCGUGGAACACACGCUCAUGACGCGGGUCGAGGACUUGGAGAGGCAGUUGCAACAUCGACGCCAGAGCAUCGUCCACCGCAUCAGCCGUGAGCAAGAGCGGGAAGAGAACUUGAGAAAGUAUCUCCGCUAUUUGGAGGACGCUGACCUGGAAGAUUUGCGUCGGGAGAUCCGCCUGCGCAAGGAUUCGGCACUGCUGAAGGAAGAGACGCUACGACAGCAGCUCGAGCAUUUGCUACCAUCACCUCCCUCGCCGAAGGGCGAGCGUGGGCAUCGUGAGGAGCGGCUGGAGCGGCAGAUUGCCCUGAGGCGGCAGUUGGAGACCUUGGAGACGAGCGAAGGGUCCGACAGCGUGCGGCGGCAUUUACUGGCAUUGAAGCAGGCGGAAAUGAUGGAAUUCCAGCGAGAGGUGCAGCUCCACCGCAUGGAGGAUGAAGCGAAAGAGCUGCCGAUGCGUCAACAGUUAGAGGAACUGCACGAAGAGUGGCAACGCUUCAGAGUCCAGUGUGAGCACGAGCGACAGGCUGCAGAAAUGCAAGAGGAGCAGAUCCUGCUGGAGAUGAGCAGCCUGACCGAUCAUCGCAAGCGUCAAGAACAGGACAUGUCCCCAGAUACGUCGAAGGAGCGGAGGAGCAAGUCUAGACAGGCACUGGGUGCCCGCAGCAGUUCAGAGGGCGGCAAAGCCAGCGGCAGAGGUCUCGAACUCGAGCGGCGCGACCCAGUUCCAUCUAGCCACUGGGGCUCUCAGGAGCUGGACCUCACCCCGCAGCACAACGUCGUGGGGCCGCCAAUCCACUUGGAGGAUGGACCGGGCCGCCACAGCGGCCCCCCCGGCGGCGCGAGUCGUGGGCGGUCGGACCAGGAGGACCUCUCGCCACAGAGCGCUCGCAGCGGCACGGACGUGACGCCCGUCGUUUCGCAGUCGCGCAGCGUCGUUUCAGGCCAAGAGAGUGAGGAUGAGGCGGAUGAGUCCGACGAUGAUCUGCUCUUUAUUUAGAGUCACCGGCGACCAGUCCCGCGGUACGGCGGCCAUUGUCCCGGUGAUGUCUCGGUCUUCAACCCAGAUGACGGUAGGUCAGGAGAGCUUCGCUGGAGCGGCUCGUGGAUCAGGGUUGGUCUCAAUGGACGG